ACCACAUUCCAAAACACAAACACAUACAUUGUAGUAUCACUUUUGUCUCGGAAUUUGUUCUUUUGAGUUAUGGCAAGCUUAAAGGUUGCAUGUGUGGUUUUGAUGUGCAUGGCUGUGAUGAGUGCACCAAUGAUGGUGCAAGCCGUGUCAUGCAAUGAUGUUUCUGUGAACCUAGCACCGUGCCUAUCUUACCUGAUGCAGGGUGGAGAUGUUCCAGAAUCGUGCUGUAGCGGAGUGAGGAACAUUCUGGGUUCUGCCAGCACCACCUUUGACAAACAAACCGUGUGCAAAUGUCUUCAGCAAGCUGCUAAUAACUAUGGCAUCAACGACGAAUACGCUCAGGCACUCCCCGCCCGCUGCAAUGUCAGCGUCCCUUACAAGAUCAGCCGAUCCACCAACUGCGACUCCAUCAAGUUCUAAAGGAGCGGGUAGCUUUGCCAAUUUCUUCCGCGGGAUAAUGAGGCAACGUAUGCUGUAACACUUGUUAUCGUUAUCAUUAAAAUAAAAGAAAGCGAGUGUGACUCGGGUUCCACUCAUGUGAGCCUGUUAUUGUAUUAGUUUCUGUUUCAGAUACUCUCUAGUCUUUGUUGUUUCGGUGUGAUUAAAUGUAUCUUAGUUGAUUGUUGCUCGCAACAAUUAAUCACGUAUUUGAUAUAAUAAUUCCAAGCUACUUUGAUUGUUGCAUA